GGUCCAAGCCUUGAGCUAUUUACCAGUGCGAACCAAGGCAUAGAGAGAGGACGAGUGUUAGAGCAACAGGGUCCAGGAUCAGGGUUUUAUUAAAUUUAUUUUUUUGGGGGGAAUAAGGAGGUCAGGAUGAAUGUUGGCGUAGCCCACAGCGAGGGGAACCCCAACACUCGGGUGAUGAACAGUCGGGGGAUCUGGCUGACGUACGCGCUCGGCGUGGGAAUGCUUCACAUCGUGCUCUUAAGCAUUCCUUUCUUCAGCGUUCCGGUCGUGUGGACUCUCACAAAUGUUAUUCACAACUUGGGAAUGUACGUGUUCAUGCACGCGGUAAAAGGGACGCCGUUCGAGACUCCAGACCAGGGCAAAGCCAGGCUCCUCACACACUGGGAACAGCUGGACUACGGCGUGCAGUUCACAUCAUCCAGAAAGUUCUUCACAAUUUCACCCAUCAUUUUAUAUUUCCUGACGAGCUUCUACACGAAAUACGACACGGCUCAUUUUGUGAUAAACACCGCGUCCCUGCUGAGCGUCCUGAUCCCCAAACUGCCACAGCUCCACGGAGUGCGACUCUUCGGAAUCAACAAGUAUUAAUCGCUCAGAGGGAACGACGCCGAGGAGAACGACGCUCUCUCUCUCUCUCUCUCUCUCUCUCUCUCUCUCUCUCUCUCUCUCUCUCUCUGUCUCGCUCUCGCUCCCUCUCUCGACGUGCUCCUGCGUCACCCGUCAUGACGACGGACGCACUUUGCAGUUUUGUACAGAGUGUAAUUUAGUGUCUGUCUUUGCCUAGAUGCACCUCGAGUUAUUCCGGGGCAUACAGUACGUGACGACGCCUCAAACAUUAACUUAAAGAAGUAAAUAUUUAAUUUUCUUUCUUUUGGCUCCCUCAUGGAUCUGGGCUGGCCCGGGUUUCACAGUUGAGGUAGUGUUGUGUUUUUUUUUUUUUUUUGUUUUGUUUUGUUUUGUUUUUUGGUUUGGUUUGGUCUUUCUUCCUUUGGGUUUUGUUUGUAGGUGCGCACUAAUUUGAGGCUCUUGUGUGACAUUUCUAAAGGUUUUAAAAAAAAAAAGAAAGAAAAAAACACCAACAACAAAAAAAAAACGAUUCUUUAUAAGAGUCGGACCCUGUAGUCUUCAGUGUCUCAGUCUUUACGAAAACUAAAUAAAUAAAUAAAGACUUGCAUGAUUUUUCUUUUUCGAAAAAAAAAAUAGGUUUGUUAGAUGAAGUAUUUUGAUAGAUCCUAUGUCAGGUUUAUGCAAGAAGAAAAAAAAACAUGCAUUAACAAGGUUUUAGUGUUUACUGACCCGAGUCUGAUGAUGUUUAUCUACUCAUUCCAGUCAGUGUGCUCGUUUAUUUAGGACGUAACUGUGAAUCUCUUAAUGAGCAGAGCAGCUUUUUUUGUCAGCAUCUCUGUUUAUUCAUGGUAUUACUGGAGCUCAAACAAACCCUGUGUGUAAUAAAGGCUUAUUUGUGCUCUCUGUG